AUUGAGCCAGCAACCUGCUAUAGUAGCUGAUCUCUCAUCUGACCACAGUUUCGGCGAAAGUCAAACCUGUAUUUCAACAAUGAACCGUCUUAUGAACAAAUUCCGUCAUCAUUUCGGCAGAAAAUACAGAGGAAUCAUGGAACCAAUGAGCGUGAUGUCCAUGGAUUUUCAAGGCAGAUACAUGGAUUCUUAUGGAAGAAUGGUAGAUCCCAGAUUCUAUGAAUUCUAUGGUAGAUAUUCUGACAAUGAUAGAUACUAUGGUAAAUCUAUGUACAACUAUUACGGUUUCUAUGAUAACGAUAGGUUCCAUAGAUAUGGUAAUUUCAUGGACUUCCCAGAGAGGUUUAUGGAUAUGUCCAGUUAUCAGAUGGACAUGUAUGGAAGAUGGAUGGACAUGCACGGACACCACUCCAGUCCCUACUGGUAUAUGUUCAACUCUUCAAGACAUGGCCACUACCCUGGCUACCGCUAUGGUCGUAACUGGUUCUAUCCUGAGAGAUUCAUGGACAUGUCCCACUAUCAAAUGGACAUGUAUGGCCGAUACAUGGACAGAUAUGGACGUCAGUGCAACCCUUAUUACAACUAUUACAGGCGUUAUAUGUAUUAUCCAUACAUGAAUUUCUACUAUAUGCACUAUCCCGAGAGAUUCAUGGAUAUGUCCGGCUAUCAGAUGGACAUGUAUGGCCGCUGGAUGGAUAUGUAUGGUCGUCAUUCAACUCCUUUCUACACCAACUAUGGCAGAUACUACCAUAACUAUCCUUAUUAUAACUAUAGCUGGGGCCAAAGAUAUUACAACUACCCAGAGAGAUACUUUGAUAUGACAAACUAUCAAAUGGAUUUUGAUGGCCGCUGGAUGGAUAUGUAUAGCCGUCAUUGCACACCCUUCUACAGCUAUCAUGGCAGAUAUCACCACUACUACCCUUAUCAUAGCUACAGCUGGGGCCAAAGAUUCUACAAUAACCCAGAGAGAUGGUAUGAUAUGGAUUAUGAAUUCCAUUCAAUGUCUCCCUAUAAUUACCACAGCAGGUACCACUACUUCAAUUACAGUCCUUACUUCUCUGGAGGCCAUAGAUGGUUUGAUAUGUCCAAUUAUCAAAUGGAUUUUGGAGGUCAGUGGAUGGAUAUGAAUGGUCGUUACAUGAACCACUUUGACCACUGGAAUGAAUACUUCUUCUAAGCAUCGAGAUUUUAAGAAAAGUUAACUGGCUACACUGUUGAAAUUGAAUGAGAAUCGAAAGAAGCGUAAUUAUAUUAUGUUUUUGAAAAUGAAUUGUUUUAUUGUUAGUGAAUUCAGUCCCAUAUCAACUGAAAUUUCCUGUGUUCAAAUUAAUAAAAUUAACUUUUAUUAAUUAUGUUCUAUGUAAAAUCUAUGUAAAGAAAUAGAACAACAAUUGGGUCCUAAUGGACUCGAACUUUCCAAUACUAGAUGUUCCAACUGUGUAUUGAUCGAAAUUCUAUAAAUAUUACAAUGCCCGAAAACCGUAUGAGAAGAUAUUGUAAGUGGAAAAAUAUAAUAUUUUAGAUUAAUUUAUUUACAAUAUUUAUUCUCUGAAAUAAAUGCGAAAAGCCAGGUUUGGGAGUGCAACAGUAUGUAUUGUAUUUGCUAGGAAUUUCAAAUUGAUAUGUUAAAACUUGAAUUUAUACUCUUUUAUAAUUAGAAAAUGUGAUUAAAGAAUUGGCUUAUUUCACUUCA